AUGACACUUUUGAACGAGGAUAAUGAACAUGAUGUAAUAAUUGAAGCUGGGGAGGAACCAACGGUUCGUAAAUUUAAGGCUCACUAUUAUAUCUUAAGAAUGAGAUCCCCAUAUUUUAGGCAAGCACUUUCUAGUCGAUGGGCACAACAAGUGAAUGGAUUUUUUCAUUUUAAAAAACCUAAUAUUUCUCCAGAAACUUUUGAAAUUAUUUUAAGAUAUAUUUAUACUUCAAUAAUUAAUGUGGAAGGAUUAAAAGAAGUAGAAAUUAUAGAUGUUUUAGGUGCAGCAGAUGAAUUAUGCCUUACCGUUUUAGUUGAAGCAUUACAAGAAAAAUUAAUGGAACGGAAACAUUUAUGGAUAAAUAAACAAUCCGUAUUAAUUUAUAAUGCGGGACAAAAAUAUCCGACAUGUACAAAAUUAUUGGAAACCAUGUAUGAAGCAAUUUAUCAAGAACCCGAAUUAUUAUUGAAAUCGGAAGAUUUUUCCGCUUUAGAAGUUGAAACAGUGGUUUGGUUAUUACAAAAGGAUGAUCUCGGAAUGUUGGAAAUUGAAUUAUGGAGACGAAUAGUUGAAUGGGGUAUUAGACAAUUACCUUUCCAAUUAGAUCCGGAUGUAACGAAAUGGAGGGAUGAUGAUUUCAUUUUAUUAAAAGAAAAAUUACGACCUUGUAUACCUUAUAUUAGAUGGAGACAUAUUGGUGCAACCGAUUUUGCUGCUCAAGUAACAAUUUAUGGAAAAAUUUUACCUUUAGAAUUAUGUGAACCGGAUAUUAAUGGAUCGUCAGCAUUUUAUAAUUUACCAAUUUAUUCCGAGGCAAUGGCUAGAAUUCAAUCAGUACUUAUAGAUCCUCAUCAAGCAGCAAGAAUUGCUAAAGGGAAAGAUAAAGAUGAUAAAGAUGAUAAAAAUGAAAAAGGUGACGAUGUGGUUAUUGGUAUCGGUGGAACUGAUCUAGAAUGUGAAGAAGAAUUAUUAUGA